GAGGCCGGUCUAAAGUCCGGCGCCCACUGGGUCCGGAGCGAUCUCUCAUGGCUGCUAACGGAGCUGUGUGGAGUCGCGUGCGGAGCCGCUUUCGCGCCUUCCCCGAGCGCCUGGCGGCCUGCGAGGAAGAGGCCGCCGCCUACGGCAGGUGCGUGCAGGCCGCCACGGCCCCGGGCGGCCGCCUGAGCCGGGACCUGUGCGCGCGGGAGUUCCAGGCCCUGCGGAGCUGCUUCGCCGCCGCGGCCAAGAAGACCGUCGGGGGCCGCUAGACCGUCCCCAGGAACCGCUGGUUGGGGUCCUCCUGGCUGUGGGCGAGCACAAUAAAGAUUUAGAGCCGUG